AUGGCAUCGCAUCCUCCAGAAAGUGCGAUACUUGACCCGAAGCCGCUCAAAAUGUCGUCAGAAGUUGAGAAGGAUGGGCGCAACGGCAGCCAUGAGGUUAAUGGCCACAUCUCUCCCGUUGACAUCAACCCCGAGCCCGAAUCUGAGACUAUUGUGAGCGCGACGGACAAGAAGCUCGAAACCGGAAACCCGAUCAAAACCAACAUAUCCAACAACGAAGAAGCCUUCACCAACAACCAGACAAUAUCAGUUGACAAGGAGGGAACCAAGGACGACCCCGAACCAGAGGUGUCCCUUCCAGCAGCAGACUCGAAAGCAGAAGGGGUCACCACAGCAGACAUAGAGAUGGGUGAUGCGCACCUUGACGUACCGGCGCCGGAGGCCGCGAAGGAAACACCCAGUGCGCCACUGGAUGAGAAAUCCGCAGAGGAACCUGCCAUAUUGCCUAAGGCCCACGAGCCCCCUUCGUCCGAAUCUACCGCACCGGAGGCGAUAGUAAAAGACGUCGAAAUGGACGAUGCGCCCGCGCCUACCGACCCCUCUUCCAACCCGGAACAAGUUGAGGGCACGCAGGACACGAUUGUCAGCAAUGUGACGGCAACAACGCCGGGAGCAGACUUGAGCCUGCGCCCUGAGAGCAUGUCGAGUCUCGCAAUUGAUGUUCCGCCUGUUUCGCCUGCUCCUAUCGGAACUGCAGACACCAGCAUGACCGACGCCGCCCAAUCCCCUACCAAGGUUUCACGAGAGAGGGAUGAUGACGGGGGGGACGAGCCCGCCGCAAAGCGCGCCAAGACUGACUUGCAGGGCGACUCUGUCGAGGUCAAGAUAUCCGCCGGCGGAAAUGCCAAAGUUGAUGAGUCUCAGGCCGAACAAGCUCCCCUCGUCAACACGGACGGAGAGCCGAAGAACCUGGCCGAUGCGUCUCUCGAGGGUAAUUCGAUUACGCAAUGGCAGGCUCGGAAGCUGCGGGGCAUUUUGGCAGGCAUCAAAAAGACUAAAGCGGGUGCGAAUUUUAAGGCCCCCGUGGAGACCUUGUGGCCCGGUCUUUGGCACGAUUACCAAGCCAAAGUUCCAGACCCAACAGACAUCGGGACGAUGGAGAAGCGACUGAAAGGCGGCGACCCCAGUUACAAGGCGUAUGCCACCAUAGGGGACUUCAAGAAUGACCUGCAGCUCCUCUAUGAGAACUCGGUUAGGUUCAAUGGCGAAGUCCACGAUGUGACGAGGCAUGCGCAGACUGUUCGCGACCAGGUUCUGGAGAAGAUGGCCGCCGAACCCGCCGUCGAAACGGUGAAAGCAGACAAGAGGGAGACUGUCAAGCACCACCCGAGUAGGCAUCCUGGACCCCGCGCGCCUUCGCACCCACCUCCGCCAGCUCGGCGGCCGUCGAAGGCGCCAGUUGCCAGCCCGGUCGAUAAGCCAGUCGAGUCACCCGCAUUCGCGAUUCCACCCAACAAUAAUGGGGUGCCUCUCAUCCGGCGGGACUCGACUAAGAAUGCCGAUGAUCGACCCAAGCGCCCUAUCCAUCCCCCCAAGAACAAGGAUCUGGGCUACGAGCCGAAGAAGAAGAAGAAACUCUCUCCCGACCUUCGCUUCUGUGACGAGGUCCUCACUGAGCUCAAGAAGGUGAAGUAUCACGACUUGAACCAAUACUUCUUGGCACCCGUUGACCCCAUCGCGCUGAACAUUCCGAACUAUCACAAGGUCGUCAAGAAGCCCAUGGAUUUGCAGACCAUGUCCGACAAGCUUCACACGGCGCAAUACAGCAGCUCAAAGGAAUUCGAGAGGGACUUCUACCUCGUCAUCAAGAAUUGCAAGUCUUUCAAUGGCGAUGACCAUUUUGUGACACAGAAGGCGCUCGAGCUGGAGAAGCUGUUCAAGAGAGAAUGGGCUAGGAAGGACGACUGGAUGGCUAGACACGCCGCAGCCUCUACGGCGGCGAUGUCUCAUGCCUCCGCCAUGAGCCCUCAUGGGAGGGAUGAUUCUGACGAGGACGAUGCUGAAUCGGAAGCCGAGGCAGAUGAUGAGAAGGAGCAGAGCUCGGCUACCCUCGAAGCCCUGCAACGCAGACUAGCAGAGGAAGAACAGAAGGUGAAGGGUUACAUGAACAGCAAGAACCCGGACAUGGGCAUGGUAGAGGUGUCGCAGAGUCUGGUUUUUACGCUGCAGAAACAGAUCAUCCAGGAGCGCCAGAAGCUUUCUGUCGAAGCUGCAACGUCAAAGAAACCGAAGUCCAAGCCAGCGAAGAGCAAGAAGGCAGGUGGGGUGGGUAAGAAAGCAAAUGCCGCAGCUGGUAUAGGCAGCGGCGGCGCCUCGGGAGCUGCCAGCAAGAAGGCCGCCGGCGGUGGCAAGAAGGGGAAGCGAGCCAUAGGCACACUCGAGAAAGAGAUCAUCGCCACCGCCGUCCCGAGUCUCGAUGGCGAUCUGCUUAAUAGGGCCAUCGACAUCAUAAAGAAGGACACGAACGAAAACGUAAGUAGAAAAAGCCCAUCUACUGACCUUCUGCAAUCCCUCCCUCCCCCUCUCCCAAUGCGACUUGAACAGCAAGCUUACCAUUCGCAGGAGAACGAUUCCGGCGAGCUUGAGCUGGAUCUCGAAAUUCUGUCCGUGGACGCCCUCACGAAGCUCUAUGACAUCUCCAUCAAAGCCUUCCCUCAUCUCAAGGCGGAGAAGGAGCGAAACCUUGCAGCCCCCCCGACGCAGGAUGCAGCUCCGGCAAAGUCCAAGUCGGGUAAGCCCAAGAAGAACAAGCCCAUGAGCAAGGCAGAGCAGGAGCGGCGGCUUCAGCAGCUGAACGAGCUCAAGGCCUCGAUUAAGAAUCGUGGCUCGGGAAGCCAAGAACCCAUGGAAUCGAUUGAGGGAAACGGCGGCUCUGCCCUUAGCCCCCAUGAUGAUAUGCUCGAGCCGAUGAACGAUAGCGACGAGGAGAGUUCCGAAGAGGAAUGAGUUGUCCACCGUGAAGUCGCUUUGAAUGGAUGCCGAGGGUCCCAUGGCCCCGAGCUAUCCACGCACGGCAGAGGCUCGGCCUGUUGAAGUUGUCGGGCUGUGCCAUGCUUGGCCAACGACUCUGCCGGAUGCAAUAAACAGCCAAGCAUCCAAGUCGGAUGGCGCCGCGCCUAUAUCGUGAUGGAGUGGCGCGUCUUCGUUUCUGCCCUUUUCAAGAGAUCCAUCAUUAGAUCCUCCUGGAUCCUAGGUAUUUCGGUCUUCGCGCAUCGCUCUGCUUGCGACCGUCGUCAAGAUGAUCGUUCCACCUUGCCCCUUUGCCGUAUCGGGUUUUACCG